AUGACAACAAUGGAAGGGGCCAGCGGGUCGAGUUUUGGAAUAGACACGAUUUUGUCCAGUGCCAGUUCGGGCAGCCCAGGCAUGAUGAAUGGAGAUUUCCGCCCGCUCGGCGAGGCCAGGACCGCGGAUUUUAGGAGUCAGGCCACUCCAUCCCCCUGUUCGGAGAUUGAUACCGUAGGAACGGCGCCUUCCUCUCCCAUCUCCGUCACCAUGGAGCCCCCGGAACCGCAUCUGAUAGCCGACGGGCCCCAGCAUCACCACCACCUGCACCACAGCCAGCAGCCGCCGCCAGCCGCGGCCCCUACGCAAAGUUUGCAGCCUUCGCCCCAGCAGCAGCAGCCGCCGCCGCCGCCAGCGGCCCAGCAGCUGGGCUCGGCCGCCUCAGCCCCCAGGACUUCCACCUCUUCUUUUUUAAUUAAGGACAUCUUGGGCGACAGCAAACCUCUGGCGGCGUGUGCACCGUACAGCACCAGCGUCUCCUCUCCCCACCACACCCCGAAGCAGGAGAGCAAUGCAGCGCACGAGAGCUUCAGGCCAAAGCUCGAGCAGGAGGACAGCAAAACCAAACUGGACAAGCGGGAAGAGUCCCAGAGCGACGUCAAAUGUCACGGAACAAAGGAGGAAGGAGAUCGGGAGAUUUCAAGUAGCCGAGAGAGUCCCCCUGUGAGAGCCAAAAAGCCUCGUAAAGCCAGGACGGCUUUCUCCGACCACCAACUCAAUCAACUGGAGCGUAGCUUUGAACGACAGAAGUACCUGAGUGUGCAGGAUCGCAUGGACCUGGCGGCUGCACUCAACCUCACUGAUACCCAGGUCAAGACCUGGUACCAGAACCGCAGGACCAAGUGGAAACGGCAGACCGCCGUGGGCCUGGAGCUGCUGGCUGAGGCGGGGAAUUACUCGGCACUGCAGAGGAUGUUUCCGUCGCCUUAUUUCUACCACCCAAGCCUGCUGGGCAGCAUGGACAGCACUACUGCAGCGGCGGCCGCUGCCGCCAUGUACAGCAGCAUGUACCGGACUCCUCCCGCGCCCCAUCCCCAGCUGCAGCGGCCCCUGGUGCCCCGAGUGCUCAUCCACGGCCUGGGGCCCGGGGGACAGCCGGCCCUCAACCCCUUGUCCAACCCCAUCCCAGGCAGUCUGGCCUCCCUUGCAGUCUACCAGGAAGCAAAGAAGUGA